GAUCGAUGUCAAUAGACACCUCUACGGCAACCGAGUCAUCCAACUGUGAAGAGACCAGAGUACUGCCAAUAAUUGUUUUCAUACACGUCGAGUAUUUAUUAUGAGUCCUACAUAUGACCGCCUCAUUAAAGUAGUUGUACAUCACGCUAACUACACGCUGGUGGUUAAAUGCGUUUGAAUUCAGCUCCUAGUUCAGCCGUUUAACGUCAUUUUAAAUAAUACACAAUUUGAAAGGAGGGACCGCCAAUAGCAGCUGUGUUAAGUACGACCUGAAAAUUUACAUGAUCGGCGCAAGUGCGUAAUACAAAGUUAGAAAUUGAAGCUAUCAAUAAGCUAUCGUUGACAAGACGCCAAGCAGGUAGAAGUUACCACGGAAAGAAGGAUUAUCACUCGUAAAAGUUGCUGAAAUAUUUUCUCCCACGAAAGCACUUGAAAGCGUCGCUUUUAUCACCACAGCAAAUGUGAACAACCUUGUUCAAGAAGUCUCCUACGAAGAAACAUCACAAUAUUGGCAUAGUAAAUUCCUGCAGAUUUCUUAAAACCCAGACACAUGAAGGCAAUAUCGACUGAUUAAAGAAAGACGAACGCUAUUUUUGAGUGGACUAGUAGAUUUCAACACCGGAGCGAUUCAGAACUGUCAAAACCUCGAGGUGAUAAAGUAUAUUCACUAUAGACCUUCAAAACUUCCACUGUACAAAAUGUGGUGUAACGAAUGGUAUUAUCCAGCUCAUUCAAGAUAUGGUGGACAAUUUACGUCGCCUGAAUGUGAAGACAUGCAUGUUAAAAGGCCAAUGAAUAGUUUCAUGGUCUGGGCUAAAGUCAUGCGUAGAAAAUUUGCAGAAGAGAAUCCCAAACUUCAUAAUGCAGAGAUUAGUAAAAUGUUAGGAAAGGCAUGGAAUGAAUUGACGACAAAAGAGAAACGACCGUUUGUGGAGAAAGCUGAAAGAUUGCGCAUUGCACACAUGAAGGCAUAUCCUAACUAUCGAUACACACCAAAGAAAGAAACCAAGAAAAUGGCGUGUGGUGGCUAUCCUCACCCCUAUACACCAUUUCGAUCACCAUAUUAUCCAGUACAAAACGUUUCUGUCGUUUCACAAGCGAACCGAUUCCAUUUCCCUGAUCCAAAUCAAUACAUGGAUGGUGCUGGCAUUCCCUCCAGAUAUAUUUAUAGUCCAGUACCAAGACUUAGUCAUCCCCCUUCUCCAAAAAGUUUUAAUCAUGCGACCAUAGGACAUCCGGCUUCAACAAACACUGGAGUCUCCCAUCAUAACCACACAAAUCCUGCGAUGUCACCAAGUUCCACAGUACCCCCUCAUUUACUUAAUCAUCCACAACGUGCAAAAGGAACGGAGAAAAUGAAUUGUUCACAAGGAAGUCCAAAUAGCCACACAAGUUGUACUUAUAUCUCUCCUGCUCCGGAAUUUGAUCAAAAUGAAGAAUAUAACUCACCAGUCACUCCCACGAGUCCCACAAAUAUUAACAGGAAAAAACCCAACUCAAAUGUAUCGUCUUCAGAAGUUAAAGAAGUUGUUUCUGAAAAAGCCAGUUACGGAUACAAUGCCACGUCGAAUAAAUACAACAAUACAACGUAUAGUACGGCCAUGUGGCGAGAGGAAAGCACAAGUGAAUGUUCGAGAAGAGCAACAUCACAUCCAAGCGUACAGAGAACGAGCCAUGUACGACAAAAUCAGCGAGGAGAAAUGGGAGCUUUCGAACAUCUUACUGAAUUACUCUAUGAUGAUCUUAAUCGUGAUGAGUUUGACGUUUACUUAAAAAAGGAAAUCUAAUGUUUUCUAAGUACUUGACACUUGUCAACAAACACUUGAACGGUAACAAGUGUCGUUUUUAUAUGCAGGCCGCCCGGGUGUAAGAACAUUUGAAUGUUCUAAAGAGCGACCACAAAUUUGUUCAAUAGAACGCUAACCGUGAUAUUUUGUAAAACGUAAUUAUUCAGAAGAUUGUCUAGUGUGUCUCCCGUCAGGACAUUUAGUCAAAGAGCAUGUAAUCUAUGAAGCAAAGAGAGCACGUUAUCCACAGGGUAUUCGAGGAUCGUGGAUGGAUAUGGUGAGCCUUCCUUGACCAGGUGGAUCACAAAUAAAAAGAUCACGAGAUAUAGCACAAAUAUCAAUGAGAAAGAAAAAAUAUUCCCCAAAACGUUUUUUAGAGCUAUGAAAUUUUAUAGUUGGAGUAUUCCACGAUUCUCGAGAAAUGACACAAUGUCACGAGAACAAUUCCAUCCCUGGAAGUGUGUUGAUGGAUUGGAAUGUUUCAGGCGGAAAUUACAUUGCAUGGGUUCUAUACCAAGAUUAGUCUGAUACAGAAAUGUUUUCGGCGUUAAGCGCGUCUUGAUGACAAUGGUCUGCAUUUGAAAUUAGAUUAGCCAAGUCCUAUGAGGAGCUCACGACAUUUGUUAAGAAUCAUCGUCAUUAACGAGUCUGUCAACUCAUUCUACAUCUUGAUAUGAUACAUUCUCGCAUUGCGUGCAACAGCUUUAAGCAAAAAAAAUACCGUAAAUUCCAACCCAACAGGAUUCUCAGUUAGCUUCCAAAGUUGUUUGAUUAAAAAGCAUAUCAUUUGCAGCGCGGAUUUAUCAAGACAUGCGCGCGCGCGUAAUUAUAAUUUUCCAUGUAUAUAUAAUUAAGUGCAUAUUACAUGAGCAAAUAAUUUGUUGUCUUAUCUGAGUCGAUGAUCUCACAAUCACUUCACGUUAUGAUCUAUAAUAAACUUAUCGCAACCGUUUACCGAUUGAAUUGUGUCAUCGAGAGCUUUGAUGUUUCGCGCCUUCAAAUUUUUCAGCUAAAAUUUACAAAUUCAACAAUACUCGCGCUGUACUUUUUCAACAUUUUGCAAUAAUAUUACGAUUAGUUAGAUAUUUCAUGUGUUUCUUAAUUUGAUGUUUGUAGCAGUAAAUACAAUAAAAAAAAUAGAUUGUUUUCGGGUUUCGUUUAAAAA